UAACUGGUUACUGCUGCUACUGUUGCUGCUAAACUAACUAGUAGAACUUGUGGCUGGUGCUUGAUCCUCCUCCUCUCUCCGUCUUCCUCGCUUUCUCUCUCCUCCUUCUUUCGCGCGCUUCCUUUCUCCCUAUCUAUCUGGUCGCCUUAUAUCUCCGCUCUUCAUUUUAUCUUGGUCGCUGGAUUGCUCCCGAUCCGUUUCCUUUCCUAACAGCGUCCCGUCCUUUCUCACCCCUUGUCGCGGACGAUCCUUGUCACUACUCUUUUGACCCCGACCACAUCAACUGCCAUCAUGGCGGACUACAACUAUGGAGGUUCCGAGGAGGAGAACGCAGAGUUGAAGAAGCUCGAGACUGAGUUGCUCGAUGACCCGGAUAACUUCGAAACCUGGGAGAAACUGGUUCGCGCUGGCGAAGCACUCGAGGGCGGAAUCAACCGCAACUCCAACCCCCAAGCCAUCACCACCGUGCGCAAUGUUUACGACCGCUUCUUGGCCAAGUUCCCGUUGUUGUUCGGUUACUGGAAGAAAUAUGCCGACCUGGAGUUUUCCAUCACCGGCACCGAGGCUGCGGACAUGGUGUAUGAACGCGGUGUCGCUAGCAUCUCGCCCUCGGUCGACCUGUGGACCAACUACUGCUCCUUCAAGGCAGAGACCUCCCAUGACGCUGAUGUGAUUCGAGAGCUCUUCGAGCGCGGCGCAGCCAGCGUUGGACUGGACUUCCUGGCCCACCCUUUCUGGGACAAGUACAUCGAGUUCGAGGAGCGCCUGGAGGCUUUCGAUAAGAUAUUUGCUAUCCUAGGCCGGGUGAUUCACAUCCCCAUGCAUCAGUACGCUCGGUAUUUCGAGAGGUACAGGCAGUUGGCUCAGACCCGCCCUGUGGUGGAGUUGGCGUCUCCGGAGACUUUGACCCAGUUCCGCGCGGAGCUUGAUGCUGCUGCCGGACAUGUCGCCCCUGGCGCGAAGGCUGAGGCAGAGGUUGAGCGGGAUCUGCGGUUACGCGUAGACAGCUAUCACUUGGAGAUCUUCUCUAAGACCCAAACCGAGACCACGAAACGUUGGACAUACGAGUCGGAAAUCAAGCGCCCGUACUUCCACGUCACCGAACUCGAUGAGGGCCAGCUGAACAACUGGAAGAAGUACCUCGAUUUCGAAGAGUCCGAGGGCUCCUAUGUGCGCACCCAGUUCUUGUACGAGAGGUGCUUGGUGACGUGCGCUCACUACGAUGAGUUCUGGCAACGUUACGCCAGGUGGAUGGCCGGCCAGCCUGGCAAGGAAGAAGAAGUGCGCAACAUCUACCAGCGUGCCAGCUGCUUGUACGUGCCGAUCGCCAACCCAGCCACCCGUCUUCAGUAUGCCUACUUCGAGGAGAUGAGCGGUCGUGUGGACGUUGCCAAGGAGAUCCACGACGCCAUCCUCAUCAACCUGCCCAACCACGUCGAAACGAUUGUGUCUCUGGCCAACAUGUCUCGCCGUCACGGCGGACUCGAGGCUGCCAUCGAAGUGUACAAGAGCCAGCUGGAUUCGCCACAGUCAGACUUGGCUACGAAGGCGGCACUGGUUGCGGAAUGGGCUCGCCUGUUGUGGAAGAUCAAGGGCUCUCCCGAGGACGCCCGUCAGGUCUUCCAGAAGAACCAGCAGUACUACAUGGACAGCCGACCCUUCUGGACCAGCUACCUGAACUUCGAGCUCGAUCAGCCCACGAGCGCGUCCACAGAGAAUGUCCAGUAUGAGCGCAUCAAGCAGGUCAUCGAGGACAUUCGGUCCAAGAGUACCCUCCCGGCCGACGUGGUGCGGGAGCUGGUUCAGAUCUACAUGGUCUACCUCCUUGAACGUGGCACCAAGGAUGCUGCAAAGGAGUAUAUGACCCUGGACCGUGAAGUACACGGUCCGGCGUCCGUGUCGAAGAUGAAGGCCGCGGAAGUGGUGCAGCUGCCCCCAGCUCAGCCGGUUCCGUCGGCGACGCCUGUGGCGGAAGUUGUGGUCCCAACACCCCCGCAAGCUAACCCCUACGCCUACUAUCAGCAGACACCGGUCAACGGUGGCAUCGAAAGGCGAGGCGGCAUCUGCAACGUGCAGAGCCGGUUCUCGACUGCUCUUCCCGAUAUGAUGGGAUACGGUUGGGUGGACCUUAUGAUCGCCAUGGAUAGUAUCAUGACCAACGGUUCGUCGGAGGCGCACCCUCCCAUGCCUCCUCCGGAGCCCAUCGAACGCCCUCCUACUCCCCCGCCACCUCCUCCAGAGGAUUCCGGCCUCCCUCCGCCGCCGCCAGACACGUCCGCGCCUCCUCCACCGCCGGAAGAUCUUCCACCUGCGCCGCCGCCGGAGACUGAGCCCAAGAAGAAGAAGGUCGGAUGGGGCACGAAACGACCGGCACCAACGCCGCUGAGUGUGGAGGAACUCGUACGGAAGAAGCGAGAGGCUGAUGCCGCAGCAGCAAAGCCGAAAUUUCUCUCCAAGAAGGAACGUGAGAAGCUUGCGCUGGAAAAACGGGCUCAAGAAGUCGCAGCAACCCGCAGACUAAAAUCCGAGUCGUCUAAUGGCGUCGACAGAAGUGCUACACACUCGCCCUCAAUCAGCUCCGAGGGCCCUAACGGCGAUGCCAGAUCCAUCCCCACUGGCCCUCGAGCCAUGCGCAAUUCAGACUCUGCCCCGACUGCCCCGACUGCCCCGGCAGCCAUGCGCCAUUCACAGUCCCACAACAAGAACUACGACCUCGCGCCGCCACCACCUCCCAAAUCCAUGUCCUUCGGUCUGACAAGCGGAAAGAGCGACAGCCGGUUCGUGGACGAGGACGAGGCCGCGGCGCAAGCAGCCCUAGUGAAGCAAAGAUACAUGGGUGCCGACCAAACGUCCAAUUUCUCCGCCAAGAAGAAGCGCAAGAGGACAACAGACCGGAAAUUCAACUUCGAAUGGAACGCUGAAGAAGACACCAGUGGCGAUUACAACCCGCUAUACCAGCACCGACACGAAACCAACUUCUUCGGCCGUGGCCGCCUGGCCGGCUUCGGCGACGACGUCGCAGAAUCCGUCGCCCACAAAUACGCCCGCGCGCUGGAAGACCGUGACCGCGAAGCAGGCAGCAUCCGCGCCAGAGAGAUCCUCGAGAUGGAGCGUCGCCGCCGAGAAGAAAGCACGCGCAACCAACUCGACAAGCACUGGAGCGAGAAGAAACUCGAACACAUGCGCGAACGCGACUGGCGUAUCUUCAAGGAAGACUUCAACAUCAGCACCAAGGGCGGCAGCGUCCCCAACCCCAUGCGCUCCUGGGAAGAAUCCAACCUCCCCAAACGCCUCAUGGAACUCAUCUCCCGCGUCGGCUACAAAGAACCCACGCCCAUCCAACGCGCCGCCAUCCCCAUCGCCAUGCAAAACCGCGACCUAAUCGGUGUCGCCGUCACCGGUUCCGGUAAAACCGCCGCCUUCCUCCUCCCCCUCCUCUGCUACAUCGCCGAACUCCCCCGCAUCGACGAAUUCGAAUGGCGCAAAGCCGACGGCCCCUACGCCAUCGUCCUCGCACCGACCCGCGAACUGGCGCAACAAAUCGAAAUUGAAGCCAAAAAAUUCACCGGCCCGCUCGGCUUCAACGUCGUCAGUAUCGUCGGAGGUCACUCCCUCGAAGAGCAAGCCUACAGUCUCCGCGACGGCGCCGAAAUCAUCAUCGCCACCCCCGGCCGUCUCGUCGACUGCAUCGAACGCCGCAUGCUCGUCCUCAGCCAAUGCUGCUACGUAAUCAUGGACGAAGCAGACCGCAUGAUCGACCUAGGCUUCGAAGAACCCGUCAACAAAAUCCUCGACGCCCUCCCAGUCUCCAACGAAAAGCCCGACUCCGAAGACGCCGAAAACCCCCUCGCCAUGUCCCGCCACAUCAAUCAAGACCAACACCGCUACCGCCAAACAAUGAUGUACACGGCCACCAUGCCCACGGCCGUCGAACGCAUCGCCCGAAAAUACCUCCGCCGCCCCGCCAUCGUAACCAUCGGCUCCGCCGGCGAAGCCGUCGACACCGUGGAGCAGCGCGUGGAAAUGAUCGCCGGCGAAGACAAGCGCAAGAAACGUCUCGGUGACAUCCUAUCAUCCGGCGAAUUCCGCGCCCCGAUCAUCGUCUUCGUCAACAUCAAGCGGAACUGCGAUGCCAUUGCGCGCGAAAUCAAACAGUGGGGAUUCUCCUCCGUUACAUUACACGGUAGUAAAACCCAAGACCAGCGUGAAGCCGCCCUGGCAUCCGUUCGAAAUGGAAGUACGGAUGUCCUCGUCGCGACGGAUCUGGCGGGUCGUGGUAUCGAUGUGCCGGAUGUUAGUCUCGUCGUGAACUUCAAUAUGGCUACGAGUAUCGAGAGCUAUACCCAUCGUAUUGGUAGAACGGGUCGUGCGGGUAAGAGUGGUGUUGCUAUUACCUUCUUGGGUAAUGAGGAUGCCGAUGUUAUGUACGAUCUUAAGCAGAUGCUUAUCAAGUCGCCCAUUUCGAGGGUUCCGGAGGAAUUGCGGAAACAUGAGGCUGCGCAGUCGAAACCGACGAGGGGAUUCUCGUCGAAGAAGAAUAAUGAGGAGGGUGGUGGUGGUGGUGGGAAGUCAGGGUGGUAGGUUAUUUACUCUUUUAUCUUUCUGCCUAGCUAUUUGUCUGUCUAUCUUUGAUAGAUGGAUGGAUGGUGGGUCAAAGGGGUAUCGUUAUGGUAUAGAAAGGAUUCUAUCGUACUACCUUAUGAAGAGGAGGAAUUGCUUUUAUAAUUUUCAUCCGUGCCGAUAUGGACACGGCGUAUGUAUCAUACCUUACCAGCGAAUCAUACAAACUUCCAGACAACCAAUGAUGGAGAUGCGAG